AUGGAGUAUCAUGUACAGCCGCAAUCUCGAAGUCAUGGGGAUGCCAACCGUGAUGUCCAUCACACACUUGUAAUUUUACUAUGUAUCUCUGGACAGCUCUCUCUAAGUUCUACUACUACUCCUAUAUCUGAUUUGUACUACUACGCUGGCACCAAGACCGUGUCCGCCUCGCUGUGGUGGGACACCUUCGUCGCCCUCUGCGACGACCUCGGUCACGCCGCCGCCUCCCCCUCCACUGCCGUCUCCGAGGCCCUUGCAGAGCGUAUCAAGGGCCACCACGCGUGGCUCCGCGGGGCGGUCUCGAUGUUUGGGAAGUCAAACGGUGCCUCGAGGGCCGUGCUGGACGCGGGCCAGGUCGCCGUGGGGGAGCACCGCCUGGCCAUCAAGCCCGACCUCAAGGAGGCCACGCUUCACGCAAGCAAGUCCCUCGACCUAGACGAGGUACAGUCGUACAUCCUCGUGAAACGAUCUUCAGAGAGCACCCCAACGACCCGUGAUGCUGACCCAAAGAAGCUCCUUCACCCUCAUUUCCCACUAUGGUUCCAAAAUGUAGAGCAAUACCGAACUGCACUGGGACAAAGUCGGGUCCAUUUUCAAUUUAGAAGGGACCUUCGAUGA